UUUAGUACGUAUGAAAAUAAUGAAAUGGAAAUUGAAUUCAUAUGAUAGCAGUAUAUCGUGAUUCCAUGUUUAUUCCACAAACUGGUUCCACGUUGGAUAUGCUAAAGUGAGCAACAUGGCCACUAAGGAGAACAAUCUGUCAGCGUUGUAUGCGGAAUUAAAUAAAUUAGGACAAAACGGAGAAUACGAGAGAGCCUUGAAAGUCGCGAAUAAAAUUCUAGGACUCGCCCAAGAUGAACAAGCUGCGUUCCAGUGUAAAGUUAUUUGUUGCAUUCAACUGUCAAAGUUUAAUGAUGUGCUGCAAUUUAUGACUAGAAACCAGAAAUUGGCUGGGAACUUAGAUUUUGAGAAAGCCUACUGUUUAUACCGAUUGAAUCAACUGCCUGAAGCAUUGAAGGUGGUGGACGCUGUUCCUAAUCCUUCUUUAAGGCUCAAAGAGUUGAAAGCACAAAUACUGUAUCGACUUGAGAAGUAUGAAGAAUGUUUUGGUGUAUAUAGAGACAUAAUAAAGAAUUCUCAUGAUGAGUAUGAAGACGAAAGGGAAACAAAUCUUGCUGCUGUGAUUGUUAACUUAGCAACAGAGGACUCUAUUUUGGAAGUUCCUGCCUUAAGGGAAGACACGUACGAAAUGAUAUACAAUGCAGCGUGUAAUUUAAUUAUACAAGGUAGCAAUGGAGAUAGAUCACUUUUAAUAGAAGCAGAAAAGAAACUGAGAGCAGCUGAGAAAAUGUGCAAGGAAGGUCUUGAGGAAGAUGGAGUAGCUGAAGAAGAAAUAGAAGAUGAAUUAGGAAUUAUUAGGGUUCAGCUUGGAUGUUGUCUCCAACUUCAAGGUCGCGAGAAAGAGGCCCAGGCACUCUAUACUUCUGCUUUAAAAGCAAAACCAGACGAUAUAGCUUUGGUAGCAGUUGCAAGCAAUAAUCUUGUCUGUCUCAACAAGGACCAGAAUGUUUUUGACAGCAAAAAGAGGAUGAAGAGUGCUACGCACGACAGUUUGGAACACAAAUUAACUUCGAGACAAAGACGGAACAUUGCUUACAAUCAAUGUUUACUUGCUCUAUAUACUGAUCAGGCAGAACAGUGUCAAUCGCUUUGUAACAAGCUUGCAAAGGACCACCCAAUACUAGCCGCUGAUGCGAUGUUUAUUAAAGCCGUUCAGCUUAGUAAAGAUGGCAAAGCAAAGGAAGCCGCGGAACUGUUGACUCAGUACGCGGUUGGAGAGAAAGAGCUACAGAUGAAACUGGUCUGUGUGCAACUUCUGCUCAGCCAAGAUGAGAAACAAGAAGCGAUCGAAAUUCUCGAAAAUUUGAAUGACAGAGACAAGUCACUGCCCGGAGUAGUAAGCGCACUUGUUACUCUUUACAUGGCCAACAAUAAUCGUGAAAAAGCGUCGAGUGCCCUAAAAAAUGCUGUCAAUUACUAUAAGAAAAAUAAGGAAACCACCGAUAAUCUAGGAGAGUUCUGGCGGCAGGCCGCUGAUUUCUACCUUCGUGGUGGCGAUAUCAAAGUAGCCGCGGACAUACUACAAGAAAUGGUGGAUGCUUCUCCUUCCGACACUAAAACAUUGGCCCAAUUGGUGGUCGCAUAUGUGCAAUUCUGUCCUGAAAAGGCGCAACUGUUGUCUAAACGAUUACCACCUCUUCAUGACCUUGCAGAGAAAACAGAUGUGGAUGCUCUGGAAAGUAGUAAUUGGGUAAUAGGUACCAAGGUUAUUAAGAAGAAAAUAGAACCAUCGCCAGGCAAACCUACUGUUGAUGCGACGAAAAAGAAACGUAAGAAGCGUAAGCGCAAGGGUAAAUUACCUAAGAAUUAUGAUUCAAAUGUAACACCUGACCCAGAACGAUGGUUGCCCAGACAUGAACGUAGCGGGUUUAGGAAAAAGCGCGACAGAAGGAAUAGGGAUAUUGCUAUGAAGGGUACACAGGGUACCGCUGCUGGAGCGAGCGACCUCUAUGAUAUCACCAAAAUGCCUACGAAUGCUAAACCUUCCCCUAAUCCGCGACACAGUCCAGCUGUGGAGACUUCCGGCCCGCGACAACAACAACGCAAAGUGCAACAGAAAAAGAAAAAGAAAGGUGGAAAAUGGUAAUCAUGGAUGCUCGCAUUUGAAUUGUACUUUAGCAAGUCGUUGUGGUCUAUACAUGUAAAAACUUUUUAUGUACAGUGCAUUUUACUGCCAUUUUUAAAAUAAUCCUGAUCGGUUGAGAUUUUGAAUCUACAUAUAGUAUUAGAUGGAACACUGUAAUUGAAUUGCAAGAGUGAGGAAAAAUAUAUGCGAUACAGUAUGGUACAUAAAAUAUUU